AUGACAACUGAAUCGAAGCAACGAACUCUUAUUGAAACUCUUCGAUUUCUUCAAGAAAAGAGCGAGGCUGCAGAAUCCUCAUGCGUUCUUACUCAUGAUGAAGCUUCUCAAUGUUAUCAAGCUACUUAUUCUAGUAUGCCUGAACUGCAAACGAAUUCAGAGGUACUCAAUGACGCCAACAAUGUCUUAUCGACACUGAUUCCAAUGACUAGUAGUUAUGAUUUAUCUAAAACUGUUCUUACCAAUCCUAAAUUUUGGUCUUUAUUUACUUAUCUAAUCCCUACAAUGGACGUCCAAAUGUUUACGACAAAUUUCAGAUUGGUUUUCGAGGUUCUUUUAAACCCUUCGUUUAAAAAUCAUGAAACUAGCCUGGUCAUGAUUUGUAAGUUUAUGCAGACAAAAAGAAUAAUUCUAGAUACUCUAGUCGCAAAUUUAUCUUCCCUUCCAUUGGAAACGUCAUCCCAGUUAAUUAUAGACACCAUUAUUUGUAUAUCUUUGUAUUUAGAGAGCUUGAAUGCACUUUCGAAAUUCGACAGACAUACAGCGGCACUUGUUAUUCCUGAAACAUGUUUGCAUUUGGUUGAUUGUGGUUGGCCUAAUAUUGUCACAGCUUUAUUGCUUUCCAAAAACCGGGAUGUGUCACAAGUCAUUAUUGAAAGAUUUAUAAGGAAUAAGAGACAGUUAUGUGACUUCAUGAGUGCCUUCAAAUUAAGUGAUUAUGGCAAGACUACAUUAUCAGAUCGUUUAUUCAAUGCCGUAAAUAAUGUCUUACCGACGAUUAAUAAUUGGAUGUAUGAAUUCAAUGAAAAUGCUAACGAAGAAUAUAUUGACCUAUUGAACUUGAGUUUCUUGCAAGCAUACGAUAUAAUAACGUUUCUUGAGAACCCAAGUUUAUCAUUCAAGAAAAGCUUUUCAGAACAGUUGCUAUUUGGUGAAAACCCUUUCCCGCUAUAUGAGACUUUAUUCAGAGUAUCUGAUGAACUUCACACCUUUUUUUGUCGAAACGAUAAGAACCUGAAAGUGAAUCCACAUAUUCCAUGCUUACUACUAAAUAAAGAAGCGUUUAUUUAUGCUCUAAUGGAUAAUCAAUUGAAAUUAUGGAUUGACUCAGGUUCUAAAUCUAAAGAAGAUAUAAAUUCAUUACUCACAUUACUACCAGUAAUUCUAGAGAAAGUCAAUCGUAUACUCAGUUCAGAGAAGUCACCAUCUUCUCCUCAGUCCCACCUCACCACAGCAGGGUCACCAUCUGUGUCGUCAACUUCCUUAGUGGCCUUUUCCCAGUCGAAAUCAAAUCUAAACAAAACGUUGUCGAUCAUCCAAUCUUUGACUUAUAAGACUGCACGACAAUGGCAGCUAGAUGAAUUGAAAUCUACCCAUUAUAAGAAGUGGGCAAGACAUAUGUCAGGUUUUGAUAAACUCUUAUCAAAUCAAGUCGUAGAUUAUGUUACCCAUCAAAGAUUACUACAAUUACAAAAAGGAGCGUGGGUCUAUGCAGAGAAUCCCCUGGACUCCAAUAUUAAGGUCCCAAAACUUUAUUUCUUAGUAGUUUCUGAUAAUCAUGCUAAUUUGUUAAUUAGAGAGUUCAACACAAAACAGGAUGAAUUACCUAUUGUGGAAGAGAAUAAAAUUUGGAAAAAUAAUGAAGAACGUUCAAACAUUCCUAUACACAGCUCCUAUUCUUCCGCUAACAGACAAGAGAAUAAUCCUGGAAAAACUACUAAAAUGCAAGAUAAAGAUGUACCUAGGCGUGAAACUAUUGUCAUCCCACUGAAGCAUAUAGUACAUUUUGAAAAAAGGGAGUUGAAUAGGCACAUCAGUAAUGAUAAGAUUUUCGAAGACGAAAAGUCGUCGAAGAAUUUGGUCAAUUUAGUGCACACAACUUUAUAUACAGAAGCAAAAUUAUCGGAUAAGAACCGCAAGCAUAUUUUCAAAUUCUACCUAGACUCAAAAGAAGCUGCAUAUAUAUGGUUAGAUGGAUUGCAAUUGAUAUCUUCUUCCAAACAUAAAGCAGAUAUAUCUGGAGAAACGAAAAAACAAAUCGAAACCUUAAUUGACUUAAGGAAGAAUGUCCAAAUGAUUUAUUUGAAUAUUGAUGAUGAUCUGGAAUUAUCAGAAGUGGACACGGACGACGAGGAAUUCGACUUGGAAACCCUGAAAAACCUGUCGACUGAUUUCUUUUAUGAAUAG